GCAGCCACUUUAUCUUUUGUACACAACAAACACGUCUUCCUCCCAAGCAACCUCCUUUUUCUCCUUCGCACUCCUUCGUCAUGUCAAUCACGCCCGAAGCUAUCUGGGCUGCUUCGCCUAGCACCACCCGCGGCCAACCCACACCUCUCUCCGCCGACAGCAAGGGCGAGCGAAUAGCUUAUGCUUCCAACAAGUCCAUCUUUGUCCGGUCCAUUGACAACCCAGAAAUCGCGAAACAAUACACCGGUCAUACAACAACCACCUCCGUUGCCCGAUUCUCUCCUUCAGGCUUCUACAUUGCCUCUGGUGACAUUUCAGGAUCCGUCCGUGUUUGGGAUAGUGUUGGAGCUGAGACCACGAAGGGCGAAUACCACAUCAUCGCAGGCCGCAUAAACGAUAUUGCUUGGGAUGGUGAUAGUCAGCGGAUAAUUGCAGUCGGAGAUGGCAAAGAGAGAUUCGGGCACUGCAUUACAGCAGACUCUGGGAACAGCGUGGGAGAGAUCAGUGGUCACAGCCAGCAGAUCAACUGUGUCGAUGUGCGGAAACAGAGGCCACUCCGGGCUGCAACAGGGAGUGACGAUAUGAGCAUGUGCUUUUUCCACGGAGCGCCCUUCAAGUUCAACACAAGUGUGAGAGGGAAGCAUGACAAGUUCGUGUAUGCGACGCAGUUCUCUCCGGAUGGCAGCAGCUUGGUCACAGUGGGAAGCGACAAACGGAUAUGGAUAUACGAUGGCAAGACGGGAGAAGCGGUGAAGCAGAUUGGUGAGGGUGAAGACGGACACAAGGGCUCAAUUUUCGGUGUGAGCUGGAGCCCUGAUGGCAAGAAGGUGGUCACAGUAUCCGGUGACCAGACUGUCAAGAUCUGGGAGGUCGACAGCGGGAAGCUUGUGCAGAGUUGGAGAUUGGGCGAAGAGGGCAAAGUCAGUGUGCAGGAUCAACAAGUUGGCGUGGUCUGGCCGCAAGGGCGAAGCGAUGGUCUGAUCAUAUCUCUGGACCUUGAAGGCAACUUGAACUACUUCAAAGAAGGUACUGACAAGCCUGUGAAGGUUGUCAGAGGACAUCAAAGAGCCAUCACAGCGGCGACGGCACCAAGUGAUGGCAAGACUUUAUGGACAGGAUCCGCAGAAGGACGGCUCCGCACAUGGGACAUCUCGACUGGCUCCGCGGACCUUGUUGACGGCGAAAGUCAUUCGAACUACAUUUCAAGCGUAGCCUGCCUACCGAGCACUGGAAGUGAUGACUCGCGCAUAUUUUCAGUGGGCUGGGACGACAGUUUGCGGACUGUUGAUGCUGCUCAGAAGUCCUUUCUGGGGUCGGCGGUCAAGACAGAAGGGCAGCCAAAGUCGGCAACUGUCGCCAUCAUUGCUGGAAAGCCGCACACUCUCGUUGCCACUACAGCGGGCAUCACUUCAUAUCACAAUGGUGAGAGUGCAGGCGCUUUCCAGACUCCUGCGCCGGUGACAACUGUCGCCGCAGCUGGCAGCGUCGUAGCCGCUGGAUCUGACGACAAGCUUGUUCGCAUCUUCAAUGCAUCUUCGGCCUCGUCUUUCUCUGAAGUAACAACACUCAAGGAAGCGACGUCACCGAUCUCAGCGUUAUCAUUCUCGCCCGAUGGUAGCCAUCUCGCUGUUGGGUUGACCAAUGGAAAGAUCUUUGCAUACUCGAACGCCUCUGGGAGCUGGACUCUCGAGACGAACCGCUGGUCGGCACAUACUGCACGUGUGACUUCUCUGGCAUGGAGCCCAGCUAACAAGCACGUUGUCUCGGGAGCGCUCGACACGAACGUCUUCGUCUGGUCACUGGCUGAUCCAGGCAAACGAGUGAAGGCGAAUAAUGCGCACAAGGAAGGCGUUGGCGCUGUUGCGUGGAUAACAGAUGACAAAGUCAUCUCGAUGGGAGCUGAUGCUGCUGUAAAGGUAUGGAAGGUUGCAGGCGUGCCGUAGGCGCAUCCUUUUUGCUGCAAGCACGAUAGAUAGACGGCAGAAGGAAAAGCACCAAUACAUUGGCGAAGAUGUGU